AUGCGCCUGGUGUCGUUCAGGGAGAGGGGAAGCGAUGGUACUCCGCGGGUUGGGGUGGAGGUGGCACCAGGAGGAGGUGUGUUAGACCUGUCUGUAGCCAGCCCCACCCUCCCCAGGGACAUGUUACAGUUCCAGUCCCCUGGAGCAUGUUCCCAUGUUGGAGUGGAGGUGGCACCAGGAGGAGGUGUGUUGGACCUGUCAGCAGCCAGCCCUGCCCUCCCACGGGACAUGUGCAGCUUCUUAGCAGCGGGACAGUCUGCAAUGGAUGCCGCGAAAAGCGCCAUGGAUGCAGGACAGCACGUUCUACGCAGAGACCAGAUCACCCUGACGUCACCUGUCCCAAACCCUGGCAAAGUCAUCUGUGUAGGGAUGAACUACAAAGACCACUGUCUGGAACAGAAUGCCCCUAUUCCCAAGGAGCCCAUCUUCUUCUCCAAGUUUGGCAACACCAUCACCGGUCCAGAGGAUGACAUCAUCCAUCCAGACAACAGUGAUCAGGUAGAUUGGGAGGUGGAGAUGACUGUGGUGAUUGGGAAACAGGGAAAAGACAUUAAGGAGGAGGAUGUGUAUGACCACGUUGCCGGGUACACCGUUGCCGACGACGUCAGUGCGCGUGAUUGGCAGAUGAAGAGGAACGGCGGGCAAUGGCUUCUGGGAAAGACCUUUGACUCCUUCUGUCCGCUCGGGCCCGCGAUCGUCACGAAGGAUGAGAUUCCAGACCCCCAUACCCUCGGCCUGCGGUGUCGGGUGAACGGAAACACAGUCCAGGACAGCAGCACUGAACAGCUGGUCUUCCAGGUGCCAACCCUGGUGGCCUGGAUAUCAAGGAUAGUGACUCUAUGUCCAGGUGACGUCAUCUUGACAGGUACACCGCCAGGAGUGGGGGUCUUCCGGAAGCCUCCUGUCUUCCUUAAGCGUGGGGAUGUGGUGGAAUGUGAGAUUGAUGGGAUUGGGACCAUCAGGAACAAGGUGGUUUGAAGCAGAGCCAUCAGGAAUAGGGUGGUCGUCAUGGAGAUGCCUUCUGACAGCUCUUUUUAUUCCAACUAAUUUUAUAAAAUGUGCGAAUAUUUGCUUAUAAAGGAGUACACAAGUGUUCCACAGAAAAUAUGGGAAUAA